UUGGAAAAUGGUAAGAAUAUCUUUGCUUGUAAUAUAUAGAAAUUAUUUAUUGAUUUUUUAGAACCACGCAAAAUCAUCGGCAAAUCAAAUGAGACUUUGAAAAAAGCUCGAAAAAGCAUUACGCAAACAACUGUCAAUAUUGACGAUUUAGUUUCUGAUGAUGUAUUCUUUAUCAAAUUAAACAAGUAUUCAUUUUACAAUGAUGUUUCAAAUGUUAGUUUUCCAAAAAUUCAAUGCGGUAUGAAUUUUCAACGAACUUUUUACAGACAUAUAAAGAAUGUCAAAGGAAAACCGAAAAAAUCACCGAUCAACAAACUAAUGUGGAAAAUGCUGUGUACUCGUGUUCUCUCUUGACUGUGGAACGUCGAGCUGAACUAUACGGAGCCGCUACACAUAUACGAAGAAUCGAAAAAAUACUGAAUGCUAUCAGUAGCUAUUUAACGAAUGAGGUUGAACGUAGAUUCUUGGCUUUCAAUAAUAUAUUCGAACUCGACAGCACAUUGCUUCUGCAACAAUUUGAAAACGAUAUAGAUCAGCUCGUGGUUAGUUAUUUCCGUAAAACUACAUUUCAAGUCUUAUUUUCAGAAAUUCUGCGAUGAAUUGCUGAACCAAUCAAUAAAAAUGGAAAUGAGAACAUUUUUCAUCGUGUUUUUCAUAUUUUUCUUAUUCUAUUCAUUGAUUCUGGCAAUUUUCAUUGUUUUAUCAAUUCUUGGAUAUUUCAUCUUGUUCAAAGAACCUCCAAUUCCACCCCAACCCGUUAUCGAACUUCCACCACGUGGAUAUGUGCCUGAAAAAACGGAAAUUCCAAUUCCGAAACCUAAACAAUCGAAAAUGCAGAAUUUUGUGAAUUAUUCUUUGUAUGGAUCAAUUUUGUUGUUAUUCAUCAGUUCUAUCACAUAUCUUGUCAUUUAUUUGGAAGUUUUGGAACCAACAAAUAAUUGUGAAUUCAAGAAGAAUAAUGAUAGCAUGUAAGCAUUUUUUAAAAAUUGAAUUACAAAUAUUGAUUUUAUUAUUAACAUUUUCAGAUCAUUGAUUUCAAUUUGUCCAACACCAAAUUCCGAAUUCUUCUCGAUUUUACCAUUUGGAAGCAGUUUUUCACAAACAGGCCUUGAAAAAAGCUUGAAUUUUUCUGAAAAUAAAAAGAGAUUCGACGAAAAGGCGGACAAAUCAUUGGGGUAUAAGGAAUAUGAAUUUAAUGAUGUUGGAAUUGAUUUUAAUGAAGAAGUUGGAAAGAUGUCAUAUUUCGGAAAAGGGUUUGAAAAUCUGAAAGAAAUAAAUUGCACAGAUGAAAUACUUGAUGACGCAUCUACUGAUUUCAAACAUCUUCAUUCAUCGUUGGUCGAAUUGAACUCGUCAAUUGUGAAAUUUAAUGAGAAAAGAAUAAAAAGCAAACAUUUCAUAGAUAUGUUUGAAACACAUCCAUUUGAUGAAAUUCGACAAGGAACAAGAAUUGCUGUUGCACCAAUUCUUGUGAGUUUUUUAUUAUUUUUCUAUUUUUUUCAAUAACCUCAUUUAAUUAUAGGCUGCAAAUUUCAAAUGCACAACAAUCUAUGAAUUGAUUUAUGCAAAUUGUCGAUUGAAUGGAUUUGUUUUGGAUGAUUUUGUUUUUUAUGUCAUUAUUCAACUCUCAUCAAAUACAAUUGUCAUCUUCUUCAAUUUUGUAAUUCUUGAAUUGAAAAAAGUUAUUCAAUGCAAAACUCAAAAUGGACGAAGUGAAAAGAUUUGAAGUGUACAAAGUUAAGAAGGCGGAAAUGAUGAAGAAGAGAGAAAAAGACGAUGAAGAAAGAAUUUUGGAUAGAAGAUUGCUGGAUCGAUGUAAAAAAGAAAAAGAAGAAAAAGAAAAACGUGGAACUUAAAAAAAUUGUUGGAAAAGGCUGAAGAACUUUUAGAAAGCGAAGAGAAGAAGAAUUGGCCCGAAAAGCCUUAAAAUCCCAAUAAAAUUUUUUAAAAAAAUUGUUUUCUCUCUCAUUUUUAUUCUUCUAGUUUCCACCAAAACUUUUGGGUCAAUUAGUGCUCAAAUGAGAAAAUGAGUUCGAUUGUUGCCAAAAUUCUUUUGUGGCAAAACAUUUGUAAAAUUUUUGCCCUCAAAAUGCCACGUCACACAAGGGUAAAAAUGGUACGCAUUUUCCUAUCGGCAGCAACUUAUAGAUCAAACAAUUUUGCGAGACUUGACUUUACAAAUUUUCCGAAAAUUAUAAAUUGUGAAUUUUUAGUAAUUUGAUAAUAUAAUUUUUGAAAGCCAAGUUUCUAUGAAAAUAUUGAAAUUUCAAAACUUUUUUUGAGUUUCAGACUCAUAAAAUUUUUUGAUAUACCCAUAAAAAGCGGGCGGAACCUUGCCAUUUUGGCCCAACCCUCCAACUUUGAAUUUUUUGUGCAGCAGCGGUUUUUCAUUGUGAAAGGUUCCGUGUUUUUACCCUUGUGUGUCAUGACUUUGGGAGCUAUACAGUUCCUUUUAUUUCAAAAAAUGUACAAGAAAAAUCUUCAGCUAAAAUUUCAAGAUAAACAAUGACAAUAAUUUGAAUUUUCAAAAAAAAACUCAAAAAAUGUUUUUUUUUCACACGAAUAUAAACGUGUUCUAUUUUUUUCUGGAAUUUCACGUGUUCCACAUAUUUUCGCCCAUAAAAAUGGAUGAAAUCGAGAUUUGAAUCAGUUUGAAUUUUGUAUUUCUAACCAAGCUAGUCAAAAAAUAGAUGAAUUAUUCGAAUGUUUCAAUAAUUGGUGCCUUCCUGUUUUUCUCAAUUAUAUUUGGUUGUAUUUUGAUAUGGUAUAUCAUUCGAGAAAAGAAAAAGAAGAAAAAAAGAAAAGGAAGAGGAGGAAAAAGAUGAGAAAGAGGAAAAACUAGAAAUAAAGAAUGACGGGGACCGCCUGCGAAUUGUAGUAUAUUUAAGGAAAGAAGAGAAAAAAGAGAAGGAUAAUGAGAAGAAGAGAAAACGAAAUGGACAUGGCAAAUAUUAUAAGAAAUAUUUUGGUUGGAUUUGUUUGACUGCUUUUAUACUCGCUUUUUUAUUAUUGAUUUACUCGAAUCUCGGUGUUUUUUGAUUGAAAGAUUGAAAAAUCAAAAUAGAAUUGAUGAAUUGGAAAAUGGUAGGAAUAUCUUCGCUUGUAAUAUAUUGAAAGUAAUCAUUGAUUUUUUCAGAACCAAGCAAAAUCAUCGGCAAAUCGAAUGAGAUUUUGACAAAAGCUCGAGAAAGCAUUGCGCAAAAAACUGUCAACAUUGGCAAUUUAGUUUCUGGUGAUGUAUUCUUUAUCAAAUUAAACAAGUAUUCAUUUUACGAUGAUGUUUUUAAGGUUAGUUUUCCAAAAUUCAUUGCGGUGUGAAUUUUCAACGAACUUUUUACAGACAUAUGAAACAUGUCGAGAGAAAACCAAAAAAAUUUCCGAUCAAAAAAGUGAUGUGAAAAAUGCUGUGAACUCGUGUUCUGGCUUGGCUGUGGAACGUCGAGCUGAAUUAAACGGAGCCGCUACACAUAUACGAAGAAUCGGGAAAAUACUGGAUGCUAUCAGUAGCUAUUUAUCAAAUGAGGUUGAAAGUAGAUUCUUGGCUUUCGAUAAUAUAUUCUCAAUUAACAUAAAAUUGCUUCUGCAACAAUUUGAAAACGAUAUAGAUCAGCUUUUGGUUAGUUAUUCUUGUAAAAACAAAUUUCAAGUCUUAUUUUCAGAAAUUCUGCGAGGAAUUGCUGAACCAACCAAUAAAAAUGGAAAUAAGAACACUUUUCAUCGUGUUUUUCAUAUUUUUCUCAUUAUAUUCAUUGAUUCUGGCAAUUUUCAUUGUUUUAUCAAUUCUUGGAUAUUUCAUCUUGUUCAAAGAACCUCCAAUUCCACCCGAAAUGGUUAUCGAACUUCCACCACGUGGAUAUGUGCCUGAAAAAACGGAAAUUCCAAUUCCCAAACCUAAACAAUCGAAAAUGCAAAAUUUUGUGAAAUAUUCAUUGUAUGGAUCAAUUUUGUUGUUAUUCAUUAGUUCUAUCACAUAUCUUGUCAUUUAUUUGGAAGUUUUGGAACCAACAAAUAAUUGUGCAUUUAAGAAGAAUAAUGAUAGCAUGUAAGCAAUUUUUGAAUUUAAUUACAAAUAUUGAUUUUAUUAUUAACAUUUUCAGAUCAUUGAUUUCAAUUUGUCCAACACCAAAUUCCGAAUUCUUCUCGAUUUUACCAUUUGGAAGCAGUUUUUCACAAACAGGCCUUGAAAAAAGCUUGAAUUUUUCUGAAAAUAAAAAGAGAUUCGACGAAAAGGCGGACAAAUCAUUGGGGUAUAAAGAAUUUGAAUUUGGUGAUGUUGGAAUUGAUUUUGAUGAAGAAGUUGAAAAGAUGUCAUAUUUCGGAAAAGAGUUUGAAAAUCUGAAAGAAAUAAAUUGCACAGAUGAAAUACUUGAUGACGCAUCCACUGAUUUCGAACAUCUUCAUACAUCAUUGGUCGAAUUGAACUCGUCAAUUGUGAAAUUUAAUGAGAAAAGAAUAAAAGCAAACAUUUCAUAGAUAUGUUUGAAACACAUCCAUUUGAUGAAAUUCGACGAGGAACAAGAAUUGCUGUUGCACCAAUUCUUGUGAGUUUUUUAUUAUUUUUCUAUUUUUUCAAUAACCUAUUUCAAUUUCAGGCUGCAAAUUUCAAAUGCACAAAAAUCUAUGAAUUGA